AUGGAAAAUGUACCGCCACAGGUAUGGGCUGUGGCUCAUACACUGAUCGCCCGCAAUGAGACAAGCAAUUCAACCUCGGCGGCCACCGAUCCUGCCACACCCAGUCGCCCGCCUGUCUACAAAGCAAUCGGUCUUUCUCUGGCGGUGGCCUCUGGUCUGUUCAUUGGCACUUCCUUCGUGCUGAAAAAGAUGGGACUGCUCAAAGCCAAUGCGAAAUACAACGAGGAAGCCGGCGAGGGUUACGGAUACCUUAAGAACGUCUGGUGGUGGGCAGGCAUGACACUGAUGAUUGUGGGUGAAAUCUGCAACUUCGUGGCCUACGCCUUUGUCGACGCAAUUCUUGUCACACCCCUAGGUGCUCUGAGCGUUGUGGUCACCACGAUUCUGUCUGCGAUCUUCCUCAAAGAGCGGCUGAGCUUUGUGGGCAAAGUGGGCUGUUUCAAUUGCAUUAUCGGCAGCAUCGUCAUUGUCCUCAAUGCGCCCGAACAGAGCGCCGUGGCGGAUAUACAGGAAAUGCAACACUUUGUGAUUGCGCCUGGAUUUCUCAGCUAUGCUGGGGUUGUCAUUGUUGCCUGUACGUUCAUCGCCCUCUGGGCAGGCCCGAGGUACGGAAAGAAGAGCAUGCUGGUAUAUCUCACUAUUUGCAGCUUGAUCGGAGGUCUCAGCGUCGUCGCAACUCAGGGUUUGGGCAGCGCGAUUGUCGCUCAGGCUAGUGGCAAAUCCCAGUUCAACCAGUGGUUUCUUUAUGUGCUGUUGGUUUUUGUGGUUGCGACGCUGUUGACUGAGAUUAUCUACCUGAACAAAGCUCUGAAUAUCUUCAACGCCGCGCUUGUUACCCCGACCUACUAUGUGAUCUUCACCAGUGCGACGAUCGUCACUUCGGCUAUCCUUUUCCGUGGAUUUAAAGGGACCGCUGUGACCAUUACGACCGUGAUCAUGGGAUUCUUGCAGAUUUGCGCCGGUGUUGUACUCUUGCAAAUGUCCAAGUCUGCGAAGGAUGUGCCCGACGCAGCUGUUUUCAAAGGAGAUCUCGACCAAGUCAGAGAAAUCGCGGAGGUCGAACAGCCCGAAACAGAACCCAAGGCCGACGCUAUCCGUGGAACUGCCGCUCUGAUCAGACGAUUGUCCGCCUCCCGACAGAAGAUGGAACAGGAGGAAGCCAGGCGAUUACGGGAAGACACGCUCAGAGAUCAGCUCGAGCCGGUGCGCGAAAAUGAAAUUGUGGAAUGGGACGGGCUUAGACGACGGAAAACCGUUCUCGGUGAACCUGGUGCUCCCCUUCGAAGAAAUACUGUUCGUCCACCACUGGGCAUGUCGCAUUUUCCACAGCCGGACGACGAAGAAAGCGAGCAUGGUCCGGGCUUCUUUGAGAACCUUCGGCAUCGCGCACAGAGUGUCAUCCGGCACCCUACCCCUGGCCGCCAUCAAGACAUGCCCGAGGACUCUCUGCGGAGCCCCAUACAUCCAGUUGCGUUGACCGACAUCAAGGUCCACUCGUCCAAGUCCGAGUCACCCAUUGUGCCCUAUGGUCCAGGCAGUUACGAAGAUGCCCAAGAACGGAUUUAUGGACUCCCACACGGCCAGCUUCAAAAGGAAAGAGGCGUCUCAAUCGCGGCUCAACCAUCGCCUCGCUCGAAACCGCUACCGCCCAAACCGUCGUCGUCCCCGUCACUUAGACCAGCUCCAGAAGCAAGACGUCAAUUUUCUUUCACGAACUUCCUCCGCCCGAGUUCACGCACACCAGACAUUGAUUCAACCCCGUCACGGCCGCGAUCGCACCGUGCCAGCAGUAACGAGCAGAGGCGCGCCUUCAAGAAUGGAUCAGAGGAGGAAAGAUUGGGACUUGUCAAGGGUGAUUCUCACGUUUCAUUGCUCGAACAUGAAUCUCCUCGUUCGCCCGAACACCCAGCUCACUCCAUGCCCUAUGCCCCUACCGACCCCCAUUCCCAAUCCAGCUCCACCAGCAGUGUUGACGAAUAUUACCGUUACCAAUACCCUUCUCCUCCUCAACGUUCUCUGUCAUAUUCUGACGAGGUUGAUGGUUGGCAGAUGACGAGCACCGAGAAUCCUCCGAACGAGAUAAUCUCAGCCGCACCACCACCGGCGACGACAAGCAGCCGGCGACGACCAAGUCCGCCGAGAAUCUAUCAGCCACCACCUUUACUCAUAAGGAGUUCACCGACGAGCGCGAACGACGACCGAGCAAUACCGGGGAUCAUGGUGGGAGAAGACUCAACACGGGGCAGAGCCACUCAAGCAGCAUCAGACCAUUUCCUGAGUUCGUCGACGAGCCCGCCGAGAUACACGAGUCGGCACCCAGACACUGGUUCUCGCAGGACGGAUGGCGACGGUCACCUGCCUCGAGUCUCGGAGGACGCAAGAGUGAAUGAUGCAUAUGAAUACGGUUUGGCUCGGACAGAGAGUCCAGAAGCAGAAGCCACUCGACGGCGGUUCGAAGAGCAGAGCAAAAGGGAACGAGAAGAGCGGCGGCAGAGAGCUGCAGGUCGACGACAGAGUUGGAAACCUACAAGUCCUGGAGGAGCAGGAGAAAGCUUUGUUUAG